CCCUUGCAAAGCUUUCAAAGUGAGAGCUGUACCCAUGAUGCAGUGCGUUGCCGCCAUCAGUCCCAGGCCGGCGCGAAGUGAGGAAGGUGCUCUGGACGACAAUCCAAAGGAAACAUGGCAGACCAAGAGAAUGAAGUGACGAGUUCCCAGCCCCCAGCGGAGGGUGAUGAUGCUGAUGUUGAGGAGGUGGAGCUGGAGGGCGGGGAUCCGUCGGCUGCUGCCGCGGCGAUGAUAGCGCAGUCAGGCAUCACCAUAGGUGACAUCUCCCUGACAUCCCAGGCUCUGCAGAACCCACAGGUACUGGCUGCUCUACAGGACAGGUUAGGCAACAUCAUGGGCCAGUCAUCCGGAUAUGUAGAAAACCUCCCUAAGGUGGUGAAGCGGCGGAUCAAGGCCCUGAAGAACCUGCAGGUCCAGUGCACUAAGAUUGAGGCCAAGUUUUACGAAGAAGUCCACCAGCUGGAGUGCAAGUACGCCAAGCAGUACCAGCCCCUGUUUGAAAGGAGAAGGGACAUUGUGACGGGCACAGUGGAGCCCACAGACUCUGACUGUGAGUGGGAGAGUGAUGAAGAGGAUGAGGAGGAUGCAGAGGGAAAGACAGAAGAGGAGAAGCUAGUGGAUGACUUGAAGGAGAAGGCAAAACUGACAGAAGAUGACAAGGAAGAUGCCAUGGAUGAAAAUGUGGAAGGCAUCCCAGAAUUUUGGUUGACAGUCUUCAAAAACUGUGAACUCAUCAACGACAUGGUUCAGGAGCAUGAUGAAAAUAUCCUGAAGCACCUCACAGAUGUGACGGUUAACUUCACAGAUGUGGCAGUGGACAGUACCAUGGGCUUUACUCUGCUCUUCCACUUCGAGGCGAAUGACUACUUCUCCAACACAGUGCUCACCAAGUUUUACGAGGUGCGGUCCGAGCCUGACGACCAGGACCCCUUCGCAUUCGAAGGGCCUGAAAUCAUCAGCUGCAAAGGGUGCCAGAUUGACUGGAAGAAGGGAAAGAACGUGACAGUGAAGGUGGUGAAGAAGAAACAGAAGCACAAAGGUCGCGGCACGACACGCAUGGUCACCAAGACUAUCCAGAACGACUCUUUCUUCAACUUCUUCAACCCUCCACAAGUUCCCGAGGAUGGUUCUGAACUGGAUGAUGAUGCAGAAACCAUCUUAGCGGCAGACUUUGAGAUUGGUCACUUCUUCCGGGAGCGGAUUGUUCCCAAAGCUGUCCUGUACUUCACAGGAGAGGCAAUGGAGGAUGAGGAGUACGAGGAAGAAGAAGGAGAGGAAGGGGAGGGGGAGUGCUGUGCUCAAGGUUGCUGCAAGGGUGAGGAGGAGGGUGAGGAAGGUGAGGAUGAUGAGGAGCAUGACCCAGACUGGAAGCCCCCAGCAGGGCCUGAGUCCUGAAGCCCCGCUGGUUCAGUCUGACAGCCCUCCUCACCCUGCUAGGGUCCAGAGAAGCCGCAGGAGUGUAAGCAGCAGUAGAUAUAAGGACCUGAGUGACCAGUGGAAAAGACACAUCUGCCCGACUGCCACACCAUUCCAACCCUCGGACUCCCUGCAGCACACUUCAGCCACCUCCCGCAAGACUCACGGGCAGGCCAGGGG